CUAAUGCCGCGGCGCCUUGCUUCAGGAGCCCCGCCCGGCUGCCCUUGUUUCUGAAGAAAACCACGAAAGUCCAACGAGUCCAUCGCAGUAGUAGCCGCCCGAAACCAGAAGUGGAGGCGGGUGCUUUGCUGCUUCUGUACGCUUUACUCUGUCUUCUCUUCCUUUUCAUUCCACUAAGGAAGUAAAUUUCCAAUGGGAAUGGGAGGCCCCAUUUUCUCGUCCGACGAUAUCGUAAUCAAGUCUCCCAACGAUAGGCGUUUGUACAGACUUCUGGAGCUCGAAAAUGGCCUUCGUGCUUUGCUAGUUCAUGAUCCCGAGAUUUACCCCGAAGGCCCUCCCAAAGCUGUCCUUGGCGACGACGAAGAAAACGAGGACGAUGAAGAUGAAAAAGAUGGAAGUGAAGAAGAAGGGGAUGAAGAUGGAGAUGGGGAUGGGGAUGGGGAUGGGGAUGGGGAUGGGAGUGAAGAAGGGGACGAGGAUGAUUUUGAGGACGUGGAUGGGGAAGGUGCACACCAUGAAGCAGGACGAAAAGGGAACAAAGCUGCUCCCCAGACUAAAAAGGCCGCAGCAGCAAUGUGUGUAGGCAUGGGCAGCUUCUCUGAUCCAUUUGAGGCUCAGGGACUAGCACAUUUUUUAGAACACAUGCUCUUCAUGGGGAGUGAUGAAUUUCCAGAUGAAAAUGAGUAUGAUAGUUAUUUGUCCAAGCAUGGGGGCUCAUCUAAUGCAUACACAGAGACUGAGCAUACCUGUUACCACUUUGAAGUGAAGCCAGAGUAUCUCAAGGGUGCCUUGGAAAGAUUUUCCCAGUUCUUUAUUUCACCUCUAGUAAAAAUGGAGGCUAUGGAACGAGAAGUACUUGCGGUAGAUUCAGAAUUCAACCAGGUUCUCCAAAGUGAUGCUUGCCGACUUCAACAAGUUCAAUGCUACACUUCUGCACCUGAUCACACUUUUAACAGAUUCUUUUGGGGGAACAAGAAGAGUCUGGUUGAUGCUAUGGAAAAUGGUAUCAAUUUGCAGGAACAAAUACUGAAAUUAUAUAUGGAUUAUUAUCAUGGUGGACUAAUGAAGCUUGCUGUAAUUGGUGGAGAAUCUCUGGAUGUGCUUGAGAGAUGGGUUGUGGAAUUGUUUGGUGCUGUGAAAAAAGGUCACCGAGCAAAGCCAGAAUUCAAAGUGGAAGGUCCUGUUUGGAAAGCUGGUAAAAUUUAUUGGCUAGAAGCUGUUAAAGAUGUUCACAUCCUUGAGUUGUCAUGGACUUUGCCUUGUCUACAUCAAGAGUAUUUAAAGAAACCAGAAGAUUAUUUAGCUCAUCUCCUUGGACAUGAGGGGAGAGGAAGCUUGCUUUCCUUUUUCAAAUCUAGAGGAUGGGCUACUUCUCUGUCUGCUGGUGUUAGUGAUGAAGGAAUGCACCGCUCAUCUAUAACCUACAUUUUUGUCAUGUCCAUGCAUCUCACUGACUCUGGUAUGGAAAAGAUUUUUGAUAUCAUUGGUUUUGUCUAUCAAUACCUUAAGCUGUUGCGUCAAAUUUCUCCCCAAGAAUGGAUAUUUAAGGAACUUCAAAAUAUUGGAAACAUGGAAUUUAGAUUUGCGGAAGAGCAACCUCAAGAUGAUUAUGCUGCUGAGCUUGCAGAAAAUUUACACUUCUAUCCACCAGAGCAUGUCAUUUAUGGUGACUAUGUGUACAAAACUUGGGAUGAGCAGCUGAUAAAACAUGUUCUUGGUUUCUUCACCCCAGAAAACAUGAGGGUAGAUGUUAUAACAAAGUCCUUCCCCAAGUCAGAAGAUAUCCAAAUUGAACCUUGGUUUGGUUCACAUUUUACUGAGAAAGAUAUUGCACAAAAUUUGAUGGAGUUAUGGAAGGAUCCUCCAGAAACUGAUGCUGCAUUGCAUCUUCCAUCGAAGAAUGAGUUUAUUCCAAGUGAUUUCUCCAUUCGUGCUGGUGACCAGUGCAGUGAUGACUUUGUAAAUUCAACAUAUCCUAGAUGUAUAGUUGAUGAGCCUUUGGUGAAAUUCUGGUACAAGCUGGAUUGUACUUUCAAAGUUCCUCGAGCGAAUACAUAUUUUCGCAUUAACUUGAAGGGUGGAUAUGAUAACGCAAGGAGCUGCGUAUUAUCUGAAUUGUUUAUUCGUCUUCUUAAAGAUGAGCUGAAUGAAAUUAUAUAUCAGGCAAGCAUUGCCAAGUUAGAAACUUCUGUCUCUUUUGUUGGCGACAAGCUUGAGCUCAAGGUGUAUGGUUUCAAUGAUAAGCUUCCAGUUCUCUUAUCUAAGCUAUUGUCUGUAGCUAGAUCUUUUGUACCGACUGAUGAUCGAUUCAAGGUUAUAAAAGAAGACAUGAAGAGAACUUUAAAGAACAUGAACAUGAAGCCUUUAAACCAUUCAUCAUAUUUGAGAUUACAAGUUUUAUGCAAGAACUUCUAUGAUGUUGAUGAGAAACUGCAUGAUCUAGAUAAUUUGUUUAUUGAUGAUCUGAAGGCAUAUAUUCCCGAGCUUCGUUCCCAGCUUUACAUUGAAGGUCUUUGCCAUGGAAACCUGUCUGAAGAAGAGGCCAUUAGCCUAUCAAAUAUAUUUAAGUUGAAUUUUCCUGUACAUCCACUCCCUAGUGAAUUGAGGCAUGCUGAGCAUGUUAUUUGCCUCCCGUCAAGUGCGAACCUUGUUAGAGAUGUUAGUGUGGAGAACAAAUUGGAAAAAAACUCUGUGGUUGAGCUUUACUUUCAGAUUGAUCAAGAUCUUGGGAUGGGAUCAACUAAAUUGAAAGCUUUAAGUGAUCUUUUUGAUGAAAUAGUAGAAGAACCACUUUUCAAUCAACUAAGGACAAAGGAGCAGCUUGGUUAUGUUGUUGAAUGUAGCCCGCGAUUAACACACCGUGUUUUUGGAUUUUGUUUCUGCGUUCAGUCAUCUGAGUACAACCCAAUUCACUUGCAAGGGAGAAUUGACAGCUUCAUUGAUGGCCUGGAACAAUUGUUGGAAGGGCUUGAUGGUGAUUCCUUUGAGCAUUACAAAAGUGGGUUAAUGGCAAAGCUGCUGGAAAAAGAUCCGUCACUUACGUAUGAAACCAAUAGAUUUUGGAAUCAGAUUGUUGAUAAAAGGUACAUCUUUGACAUGUCGAAGAAGGAAGCGGAAGAACUGAGAAGCAUAAGCAAGAAAGACGUCAUCGACUGGUAUGAGACGUAUCUUAAGCGGUCAUCACCCAAUUGUCGGAGACUCGUUGUUCGUGUAUGGGGUUGCAACACAAACCUGAAAGAUGCUGAAGCAAUUCCCAAAAAUGUACAGGUCAUUGGAGACCCAGAAGCCUUCAAGAUGUCAUCCAAGUUCUAUCCUAGUGUCUGUUAAAAGCUGAAUAUUCCUUGUAUUCGAAGCGUGGUGUGGCUUCUGAAAUCACAUGGAGGGCCUUCAUUUCUUCUGAGGAAGACUUGCUAGUUUCCCGGAGAUGAACUGAAAGGUUCAAACGGAUGAAGAAUCUCUCAAGUCUCAUGUCAAUGAUGCCAAAUUACCUUUUUUAUACUCAAAUCUAAUUUAUACAUAAAUGGGCUGCACUGUAAACGGUGCGAUUUCAUUUCACGGCCAAUGUUGUUUCCCCAUUUUUUUUCUUGUUAGCUUUUUAACAUUUGAAUGUGUAUUAUAGGUUUUGAUGCCAUUGUUAUUGCUAUUUUAUCAAUAAGUUGUUGCAGUAUUUAGCUAAAUGCGCUUUGAAAUGAAUGUUCUUUGUAAUUGAUUGUUUUUUUCA